AUGUCGUCCCUGGAGAUCUACUCGAUCACAUCUCCACCAACCGACAUUCCGCUAUUCGAACAUGUUGGCGACUUGCGAAGGUGUCACUUCACCACAAGUCCAGUCGAACAUUUUGUACUCGGAAAAGCUCCACCAACACCCGUGGUACCGAUAGCGUAUCAAGGGCAGGCAAACGCACGUCUCAGCGUGACUAUCCAGUAUACGACACCGAAGACCGCUGCGCAGCGGCGUCUGCGUUGCAAGAUCAUCGGCGAGGGACGGGAGAUCUCGGAAACCAUUUCUUUCGAGACGACCAACUUACCCCAACAGACGCUCCCACCUCUCCAACUCAAGGCACCGAUCGUUGGUGGCAAGGAUAGAGGAUUCCCGUGGAAGUUUGGGGGCACAGGCCGGCGAUCUGCUACGGCCCGGGUCGAGGAUGAUUCUGGCAUCGAGUUGUCAUCCAGCACGUUCGAGAUCGAAAUUUAUGUGCUGCACGCCAAUCUCCCACCAUACUACACACGUGAUGGCAUACCUCUGGACCUGCUGCGUUUUAAUGCCUUCAUCCCGAAAUGGCUGAGUCCGCAGCAAGAUUCUGACCGGGAUCCGGAUAGACCGCUCGAUACUGAUGACUGGGCAGCAUGCGUGAUCAAAGCCUUGUUUCGCGAUCGUCGCCUGACAUACAACGCAUCCGGGGGCGGAGGAAAGUACAUCAGUGAGGGUUCGCUGAUGAUGGAGUUAUUUCUGUCCGAUCUUACAGGACUAUCAUAUCGUCCUGACGAUCGCACAAAAUAUGCAGUCAACUGCUACGACCUUGCCCGUCUGGCCGAGUCAAUCAUACCUUUGGGGACGGGUUACGGGACGGUGAAACCAGUGUUUUUAGAGCCAUAUGGCUGGAUGAAAACCACACGCCUGAUCGGAGACCGAUUGGAAACAAACAACCCAUUCUAUACUCAACCUAGGUGGCGCAAGAGCGAUGGCACUGUACGACUGAUAUGUGAUCAGAAGGAUACAGAGGAGGGCAGACGUUCCGCCUUUGCAAACCACAUGUUCCUGACCAUAGACAAGUCGGGAGGCACAUAUGCCUUGGACAGCACUUGUGGUCCUGUGACGGGCGAAAUGAGAGUUAUCGACUACCCGAACAGAUGCAUCGCCCAAGACCCGUAUAUUCACGACAUUUACAAGGGUACCAGGAGUAAGCAGGGUACUGUUAUGGACAUACGAACCAACACGCCCGUCUUGUCAGGUCUGAUGCCGCGAGUCAGCCAAUUCGCUGGAGCUCAAACAAUAUCUGAUAAUAACGAGAAGAGCCGCAUGAAGCCACUUCAGGCAAAAAUGGAGGAAAAAUUUCCGCCGCCCAGGAACGCUCGCGGAGGCAAGAAUCGUCUUUCCAUCGGCACCUUGCAGCUACCAAUAAUCAGUACCAUGCUCCUGCCAAGCUCUGCGCCUAUGAAAAAAAGACCGGCGGACGUCCCCUGCACCUCCUGGACAUUUCAGUACGAUAAUGGAUCUCUGAGUGAACCGGUCUUGGUCAUGAUAUACGUCUGGACGUAUCCACGAGAAAAAUAUUCGACGGUGUCUACGAUUACGCCUUUGAAACGUUUCACAGAUGCAUGGGUAGAUCUGAGAGAUCGCUAUGGAGUCCAUCCCAUGGGUCAGUGGGAUUCUGCGGCAACGUCUCAAGAUGGUCUUGCCGUGCGACUCUUUGCCGACCCUCUUGCAUGGGCUAUAACAGCGAUUGUCAGCCAAAGCCCUUCGACUGAGAUAUUGCAACUGGUUUGCAACAGAGUGGAGAGAGCCUUGAGAGUGCUGCGUAACGAUGGUACAGACAUAGUACUUCUCAAGGUCCCCAUAAAGGAGACUUUGGAAAAGGCCACCAUUGUCCUCCCGCCCUCUGCCCACGUGGGCGAGCAGUUCAUCAUGACUGUCGAGGCAAGUCCCCUGUUCAUCUAA